UUGAAGUUAUGACAGGAAGGUUUUGUCUGUUCUUUUCCUCAGAACUUAGUGCCAUGGGGAAAACUCCUCACAGGAGUCGAGUAUUAAUAAUGGAAAUGUAUUGUUCGAAGCAUCUUAUUUCAGCUCUCUUGUCUUAGAGAGAAGCCAAGUUUCCUCGCAGUACGAUUCUGCUAUACAUGCCUAGAUUCUGCAUGAAGUACUUCUUAUCAUGUUCUGAUCACACUCCUGGUAAGAAAUUCCUAUAAAUGAAAGGGAAGUGAGAUGUCUACUGCUGAGCAUUGCAGCAUGCAGCAGCAUAUGAAGGUGAUAAUGGAGUGACAGCUCCGUAACUGCAAAGGUCUCAUCAAGUCUUUUUUAAAUACAGACCUCUUCAGUGAACUGGGAACUUCUUGUUAGCCAUGCCGACACCUGCAACUCUGCCGUUUUCUUUUGUAGAUAUCCUGCCUUUUGAAUGUGUGGUAAAUACAGAAAAAAAAAGCUCCUCCAAUGUUGUUUCCUGCAAAGACCAUUCUUAAGAGCUCGUUGGACAGCGCAGGGCUCUUGAAGUGAUAGCUAAUUGGUGAAAGAAAGGCCCUGAUUGUCUUGAGGGAGCUGGAAAGUGCUGCGUGUGCUGCUGAAAGGGACUAGGGAGAAGGUGCCUGGUUUCGCUGAGCAGCUGCUGCUGGAGAUGUUUGGAGAUUACAUCAGCAUUGGAAAAAAGGGGCAAAAAAAAAAAAAAAAAAGGCCCAACUUCACAGAGACGGAGUUUAUGGAGUUUUUUCCCCCUUCCAAAGGUCUUCUGACAAUACUGUCAUUGUCAAUAUAAGAGUUGUUAAUUCUUUAUGAAUAGCACAUGGGGCCUCUUGACUAAAUAGUACGUUACAUGUCCCAAAUCUGUCAGCUGGACUCUUCUCUCACAUGCUAGUGAGAUCACUUUGAUUGGAAUGUUACAGGAAUUGCUGGGCUGGCCACGCAGAACUGAAUACUGCAUUAUAUAAUUAGAUCUCCCAGAGUAUUUUUUUCGCAUUACCUCAUUAUUCUAGCUUAAAUAUGGAAUCAGUCCUUUUGAUGAUUUUACUGGUUGUAAUUAUAUUAAUACGAUUCAUUUUGUGGUCCUGUCUUAGUGCUUAUAUAGAUUAUAAACUGUCCCGAAGGUUUCCUGACACAAGAAAAGAGGACUAAGAAACUUCAAAAGGCUCGUUCAGAUUUGAAUUGACAAUGGUGAGAACCGGAUAAGGUAAAUGGAGCUAGAGCAGGUUUUACCUUGGGAUUUGAUGAGAGAGAAAUGACCUGUUGAGACUGCAACUGAGUGAAGAUUCUUCAGAAAGCCUCAUGCUGACAGAGGGGAAAAAAAGAAAACUGAUUGAGUCAGAUGACUUCCUAUCAAACUCGGGCAUGAAUUUAUUGUUGGAAACAGACUUGUGGACUUUUGCCAAUUAAAUGAUCUGGACAAGCUGGAAGGAAUUCUAUUGCUGGUCAGUCCAAGUCUGCCAGUGGCCCAGUCUUGAUACGUGAAAUGUGAUGGCGUGCUGCCUGCUGGACUAACUGCUGGUCUGUACGUUAAGAUGUCAGCUGCACAGCCUGCCUGGAUGCAACAACUGACAGCGCCUGAACGAAGCUGAAGAUUACUGGCCAAGCUCAGCGUCCACGUGCCGUGCUGUGGACUUGCAGGAGUGGAUUUUUACCUGAUUGGCUGAUUUGUUACCAAAUUCCUCGUGGUUCUUCCUGGUCAGUUGGAUCAGGCACCGACUGAAUGUUUUUAACUGACCAUAACCUGCUGAAUAUUCACAUUUCUUAGCAAGCCUUAUAUCUGAGUACCAGAAUAAACUGGAAGAGUCUGUUCCGUGAAAAACAGAUCUGUGCCGCAGAGAUUGUCUGACAGACUCUAGCUGUGCUUCAGCAGCAAUGAGGGGUGGGGGCAUGUGACAGCACGGCAUGCAGUGAGUUUUGACUCCAAAGCCCUGCAAGGUACCUUCGUUUCUAGCCUUUAAUAAGGAGCUUACUAGGACACCAAAGGAUUAGACUACUUGCUACUACACAAUCCUUAGUGACUUUAGGAUUUUUUUGGUUAACUCGUCUUGCAAAAUGAAAUAAGUAAUUCGAAGUGAAGUGUCUGCUUUCAAAUGGACAUUAUACUAAGUCAAACAUCCAAAAAUCUUACUGCCUAUACAACUCAAUUUAGCAUCUGUUUUUAAAAACUGAAUUUUUCUACAGUAAAAGUAGGAAAAUUGUAUUGCCUUGCCUGGGAAAUGCAGCGUCCUUGGCCCAGUCACCUUUUAAAAAAAGAAAAAAAGGGUCCUUUUUGCAUUGAUAACUUUCUGCGUUGUGUAAAAGUGAAGGCUGCCACUUUAUAAACUGGCUUCUAUAUCUCUUGGUAGCUCACAUGAUGAUAUCAGAGUUCAGCCUAGGUAAAAACCUACAGCAUUCCCAUAAAGAGUUUCUGGCCCAUUCAUGACUCUCACACUCCUACCGGCUUGUCUCUGUAGUAACUGUUAAUCAGCCUUUAUCACUUUGUCUUUUGAAGCCUCCUAAAAUUCAGACAUGAGGGCUGGUAUGUUUAUGCUGUGGAACAGGGUAAAUGUCAGGUCAAUUGAUUUCAGCCUCAGAUUUUAUUUAUGGUGGAUGACCAAUCUACAAAACAGCCUGCAAUGCCUGAAGAUGCACGUCACUGACUUGAAAUCUACCCAGACGACAAUAAAUUAAAUGUAGAUGUAACUAACCCCCUUGUCCAUUUCUGUGGUUCUUAAUUUUAAUGAUGAUUCAAUCCUUUUUUUUGUCUCCCAACACCAGCAGAACACAAAGGGAAAGUAAAGUGUUGUCUAAUUGAUGUGCAGACAUACCUCUAAUAGCAAGUAAUGGAAAAAUAGGCACAGUGAUCCAUGUUUCUUCUUUUGGUUAAUCAUCGCUACUCUUAGCUGUUGUAUGCAAAACAAAGCUUGUAGAUAAAUUGAUAGUGACUUUAAGAAACAAGUCUUUUAAUCCUUUAUUGUAUUUUCAUAUUGUAUUUGACAGUGUCAUAUUCAUAUUAAUUGUUUAAAAAUGUGGAUGUAAUGAGAAAUGGUACAGGUGAAGUUUGGGUUAAUGCCUUUAACAUUUGGUAAUACAUGGAAC